ACAAACUCAGGCUUUGUCCAGUUUGACAAUUGCAACUUUGAAAGUGUGCAGCUGCAGAUCCAUGCUCCAGGGACAUGCCAGGUGAAGUUCUGCACCUUCAGCCAGUCCAGCAUCCACUUGCACAGUGUGCCUCUCUGCAUCCUGGAGCACUGUGAGUUCACCGGCAGUGACAAUGCCUCUGUGACUGUAGAGGGCUGCCCGAGUUCGGACCGUAACUGGGCCUGCAAGCACCUGGCCGUGCUGGCCAAGUCCUCUGCAGCAUCCAUGCAGAAGCCUGACCCAGAUGACUGCCUUGAGGACAAGAGGGAUGGCUGGGGGAAAUCACUGCUGGGGCCAGUGGGAACGUGCGAGAUUGUUGUAGGGGAAGAACGAAGCAGCUUCCUGUCUGCUGCAGGUGCUCAAGCCCUGCUUGGUUCAGCGCAGGAGGACACUGAAUUCAGAAAGAACCUGCAAGUGGCAGAGGAAGAGGAGGAGUACCUGGCCCUCAGCUCACACUCCAGUGACAGUGAGUUACUCAGUGAUGACGAAGAGGAUACUCAGGCUGUGUAUAAACUGUCCUGUCAAGCCCAUGGCCUGAGUCACACCCUUGCUGACGUUAUGGACAGCAGGCUUCAAAGCAACAGACUGCAUGCCCUUCAGAGGGACCUUAAGCUCAAGUCUCUGCAGCAGGAGCUGCAGCAGGACAAGGAGGCCCAGGCUUUGGCCAACUCUCUGCAAGGCUGCAUCAUCCGACAGUGCCUUUUCAGGGAUGGAAAAGGAGGAAUAUUCAUUUAUUCACGAGGGCAAGCAAAAGUGGAAGGAAGCAUCUUCAGGGAACUGACCUACGCCGUGCGAUGCAUACAAAACAGUAAGGUUGUCCUGUUGAGGAAUGACAUCCACCAUUGCAAAGCAUCAGGGAUAUUCCUGCGCCUGUCGGCAGGAGGCCUGAUUGCCAACAACAACAUUCAUUCAAACUGUGAGGCUGGAGUGGACAUUCGUAAGGGAGCCAACCCCCUUGUUCUGUGCAAUAAGAUACACAGUGGCCUUCGCUCAGGCAUUGUCGUCGCUGGCAACGGAAAAGGCAUCAUCCGUAGCAAUCAGAUCUAUGGGAAUAAAGAAGCUGGCAUUUAUAUUCUGUAUAAUGGAAACCCUGCUGUGAG